GACCCCAAAUCAGCCGCCAGGGCCAGGUUCCAGCUCUUGAAGGCCCGGCUCGCGGGCGAGCCGGGCUGGCCCUCUCCUUCCGGCUCGCGCUUGGCCUGCUAGGAAUUGUAGUUCCGUCGUCGGGGAACCGCGCCGAGCCGCUGCUCUUUGUCUCCUACCCGCCCCGGAUGAGUGGACAGAAUGGGGACGACCGGCUGGGAGUCAGACAACGAGGGACUACAAUACCCAAUGGACCGUCGGCCGCAGAGCCCAGCCCAAGGUGAUGCCAUGGAGAGCAGAAAGCCAGGCCCUGUGCAGAUCGUGUGUGUCCACAAAGAGCAGCAUUCCUUUGAACUAGAGGAGAAAGCCUUGGCCAGUGUCCUGUUGCAGGACCACAUCCGAGACCUUGAUGUGGUGGUGCUGUCAGUGGCCGGUGCCUUCCGAAAGGGCAAAUCCUUCUUUCUGGACUUCAUGCUGCGGUACUUGUAUUUCCAGAAGGAAGGUAGCCAUUCCUCUUGGUUGGGGGACUUGGAAGAACCGUUAACAGGAUUCUCAUGGCGGGGAGGCUCUGACCCAGAAACCACUGGGAUUCAGAUCUGGAGUGAAGUCUUCACCGUGGAGAAGCCAGGCGGGAAGAAGGUUGCAGUUAUCCUGAUGGAUACCCAGGGGGCCUUUGACAGCCAGUCCACUGUGAAAGACUGUGCCACCAUCUUUGCUCUCAGCACCAUGACUAGUUCUGUGCAGAUCUAUAAUUUGUCCCAGAACAUUCAGGAAGAUGAUCUUCAGCAGCUACAGCUCUUCACGGAAUAUGGUCGCUUGGCAAUGGAUGAAAUUUCUCAGAAGCCUUUCCAGACACUUAUGUUUUUGGUUCGAGACUGGAGUUUCCCUUACGAGUACAAUUACGGACUGCAGGGGGGAAUGGCAUUUUUGGAUAAGCGUCUCCAGGUGAAGGAGCAUCAACACGAAGAAAUUCAGAAUGUGCGGAAUCACAUCCACUCCUGCUUCUCCAGUGUCAACUGCUUCCUGCUGCCACACCCAGGACUCCAGGUGGCCACCAGCCCGGACUUCGACGGGAAGCUGAAAGAUAUUGCCAGUGAGUUCAAGGAGCAGCUGCAGACGCUGAUACCCUUCGUCCUGGACCCCGCUCACUUGAUGGAGAAGGAGAUCAAUGGCUCGAAGGUCACCUGCCGGGGACUGCUGGAGUAUUUUAAGGCCUAUAUUAAAAUUUACCAAGGAGAAGAUCUGCCUCACCCCAAAUCCAUGCUGCAGGCCACCGCUGAAGCCAACAACCUCGCUGCUGCAGCCUCUGCCAAGGACAUUUACUACAACCACAUGGAAGAGAUCUGCGGGGGAGAGAAGCCGUACCUGUCCCCAGACAUUCUGGAGGAGAAGCACAGUGAGUGCAGACAGCUGGCGCUGGAACACUUCAAGAGGACCAAGAAGAUGGGGGGCAAGGAGUUCAGCCUCCGCUACCAGGAGGAGCUGGAGGAGGAGAUCAAGGAGCUCUACGAGAACUUCCUCAAGCACAACAGCAGCAAGAACGUCUUCAGCACCUUUCGCACGCCCGCCGUGCUCUUCAGCGGCAUCGCGGCCCUCUACGUGGCCUCGGCCCUCACUCACUUCGUGGGCCUCGAGGCCGUGGCCCAGCUGUUCAACUGUGUGGUGGGGCUGCUGUUGAUCGCGCUCCUCACCUGGGGUUACAUCAGGUACUCUGGCGAAUACCGGGAGCUGGGCGGAGCCAUCGAUAAUGCUGCAAAUUUGGUAUUAGAGCAGGCUACUUCUUACAUGUGUAAUUCCACUCAAGCGGCUCUUCGGGAUGCGAUUGUUGGGAGACAGCUGGCAGUGGAGAGGAAAGCUCAGUAACACCUGCAUAGGCGGAGCCCACGAGAGUCCGUCCGGUCCCCUCCUGAUGUCGCCUGGGUUUCUGCCACUGCCCCAGGUCCAAGUCCAGGCCCAGAGGAGACGGAGGGUGACCUUGACACCACCCCGGAUGAGCUGACGCUGGCGGCACUGUAAUAAACGGACGGCCUCGCCUGGGCCCUCAGCUCCUUAGCCACACCUCCACUUCUGCUGAAAGCCUUGCUUUCCUUGCUGUGUGACCCCAGCCUCUGUCUGCUUUCUCUCUGCUCUCUGCUUGGUGCACUUGAUGGGGAAAGGUGACAGGAGACGACGACGGGAUGCAGCUUGAAGCCCUUCCUGUGCCACUUAGUGCCUUUGAGACUGAGCCUGAGGUUUGGGGGUGUGGUAGGGAUGGGGGACGACCUCCAGGAGGGUGCUGUCUUUGGGGUGACAUUUACCAGGUGACUGUUUUGUUUUUAAACCUUAGUUUUUUGAGGAGAUAGCUUUUUUUCUUUAAGUUUUUCAGACUCACAAAUGCUUCAGAAUUUCCAGACUGGCUGAUCGCGAUGCCAUCACUCUGUUACUCGAGACUCCUCAUUCAAGUAGACCGGGCCCUGAGACGGGCGUCUUUACUCUCUGGGCUGACCGGGGGAUUGCAACAUGCUUUCCGGAAAGGAUGGCAGACAGGCCUGAGUGGCUCACAGUCAAGGAUUGCACUGGGUGCUUGGAGCUUGAGUGUGACCUCUGAUAGGUCACUUGAGUUUGUUGUGCCUUGGUCAGGUUCAGGAGGGUGUAUAUGUAUGUAUGUAUACGUAUGUGUGUGUGUAUACACCUAGACACUGUACAUGCAUACGUACUAUACGUGAAUUAUCACUUGAGAAUCCUUGCCUUUUUUUGUCUUUUUGGUGAGUUCUUCAUAAGGACUUACUAAAGAUUAGAGGGGAAGCAAGUUACCACCUCUCGCUGCCUUUAAUUGAUAACGUGUUUCAUGUGGCUUAGUAAUUCCCAUCUGCUUUCUCAUAUGCACUGUCCAAUGUACUUUCCAUAUGAAUGCUAUAAUUGCUCAUUUUACUCAGUAAAUGUUCUGUUUUACUUUGGAAGCUUCACUUGCCACUAUUUGGUAGCUUUAAAAUCGCUUUGGCCCUGUGCGGUUCAAAGUCCUACUUUUAAACAUAGACAACACAUCGAAAUAUCUAAGAAUGUCUCACUGGUUGCUUUGAUUGUGUCUGAACCUGUGUUCCUCAAUUGGUUGUCUUUUCCUUUGCUUUGUGAGGGUGAGCUAUGGCUCUAAAGCAAAAACACACCCAACCACCUCUUAAAACUAGCCUGCAAGUAUUUACAUAAACAUUCGGGUUAUGAGUCUUAAUUUUUCAUGAUAAUCUUUCUCCUGGGAGAGAGAUUGGAGGCUCAAGGCAAAUCAGAAUGAAAAUUUCUCACGUGGAGUAUAACUGGGAGAGUACAUUUCACACGUGGAGUAUGACUGGGAACUGGGGAAAAACGGCUCCUUUCGUGUGUAAAUCUAAGGCUUUUCUUGUGACCACUUUAACCUAUUACAGCUCAAGUGUUUUUUUAGGUCCCAGAUUAAUUCCAAGCAUUUGGUUGUUUUUGUUUUUUUUUCCUUCCCCGUAAUUCAUGCCACCGUGCCCUGAAAUCCAUGCUGUUUUAUUCACUUGCUGUUGGACUUAUCGAAGUGUAUCCUUGUUGUAAGAACUGUUAAGUGCAUACGAUGAGAGUAAGCUUUGGCAGUUCCUUGGAAGUGUGCAGCCGCAGGUGGCCUCACCUCUCAGUAGUGAGCUUCACAAAUGCUGAUGCACUUUGCUCUUUCCAUGGCUUCCAUCAGAAAGUGUAUCCAUUUCAGGGUAUUUAACUGUCAAAAGCAGUCUGCUUUUAAUGGUGAGAAAAGUUAUGUCCCAAACAUAGUCCCUAACACUAAAGUGUUAGCCUCCCCCCUCCUAAAUGUGUGCCUGCGAGGUCUUUCAGAAGCUGAGAGACAGAGUGAGGCUUUUAAUGAAUAGAUUUACUGAGGGUGGUGAGGUUUGUAGGGAACCAGAGAUCCAAGGACAUGAGGUGGAAGGAGUUUAGGAUAGCCACAUAAAGAAAGGUCAGAGCUGGCCCUUGGUCUAAGCCAGAGAAUUAGCUGACUCAAAAAAAAAAAAAAAAAAAAGGUAUAGAGGCCACAAGAACCCCCGUCUCAGGAAAGAAGAGAGGUUUCAAUACAGACCCCCUAGCAAACUACAGUAGGGUUUGGCACGGAAAGGGUUCCUAAGGGUUUCUCCAGCUGCUUUUAUUGCCCUGGGAAAGACUGGUGGAAAGGGUCAGAGGGCAGGUGUCCGGAAGUGGACUACAGAGGUUGAGAGCCAGACAGGGUAUUUAUGUCUUUGGGACAUCUGUAGAUUAGAUGUGAAUGAAUCCCUCACAUCUUUCUGGCGGAUGUCGAUAACCCCGGUGGGCCAGACGCCAGUGUUGUAGGGGCGGAGGUCACUAACUGGGAAGAUGGGCGGAGGGAGGGCACUUUGUAAACGAAAAGAUGCCUUCAGUAAGCUGUCGAUGGACCCUAGAGUGGCAAUGUUUGAUUUAGUUACCUCUUAGAAUUGAGCUACUGUUCAAUUUCACCACCUCUAUUUUGGUAUUAUGAAGAAAUAAUCAUGGCUUAAUUACCCCAGGGAGGCUUAUUUUUGAUAUACGGCUUAAUUAUUCAGCUUCUGGAAACUUUCCCCUGAGGGGAAUAGUAAGGGUUCUUUGGAGUUUUCUGUUUAACCAUGAGUUUCUGUCUUCAGAUCAGCUUUUAAAAACGAGAUGCCUUCUGAUUGCUGACUGUGAGUAGUCAUGCCAGGGGGAUGUCUAUCCCCAGCUCGAAGAGAAUGCCUUGACCUCUUAGCUUCCCUCAGCCUGUAAGUUGCAGGCCAGCGACAGACAUGCGGGGGAACAUGAGUGAGUGCUGGUGGCUCUCUCGCCCAGGAGGCCUUUCCCAGGCAGCUCGUUCCUAACACUCCCGAAUAGUAUUCCUGUUAACAUGUAAAUGGAGGUUUCCACAGUUCUGUUCAAAUAAUUCAUUUAAGAAGUUGGAAAUGUUGCUGAGAUUUUUUGUUGUAUUCUUCCAGUUAUCUUACUUAUAGUAAAAAUAAGAGAGACUCAGUGUGACACUGAGAAGUCUUUCGGGAUUUGCAGAUAAAAUCUGAAGGAUGAAACUACCAGGUGUAAGUGUAAAACCAUCCUCAGAGUCCUAUCUCUUCUGAGCAAGAAUCUGCCCCAGGAGGCUUAGAUUAACACCAGCCCGGGUGCUUGCCAUUGGCCUGUGAGCGUUGGUUCCUGUUUGCUCUCGUCUCCACUGGAAAUGGAAGGCUCCGCCGGCAGUGGUGAGCCGCAGGGCGUGUACAAGUGGUGCCUGGGAUAGCGGGAGCUUGGAUGAGUGCAGACACAGGUGUGAGUUACAAGGAGGUUUGUUCAAAGCUGGCCCAAAGUCAUAAAGCACAAAUGCUUUUAUUUUUGUAACCAGAUUUACUUUGUAGACACUUCAAUAUGCAAGAACGUUCUCACAGAACUCCUUUGUUCUUAAGAUUUAUAAUCGGGGGUGAUGUGCUAGUUCCAUCUAAGGAACCAGCAUGGGCCACAUCAUUCUAGCUUACAUCGGAUCCAACAAUGGUUCAGCCACGGAAGACAGGCCCGUUAGGGAAAGUUCAAACUAUCUGUGUGCCAUUUUUUCUCCCUCCAUCUCCUUUGAAACAGCUUUUAAGCCCAUUGUAAAAGAAUUUGCAACUGAAUGAGAAAAUCAUAUUGGAGGUACAUUUUGGAUGUUGGCUCUCAUCUAUCCUGGCAAACGUGUGUUAAAACGUUUAGAUUCCCAUUCUGGUACCCCAGUUAUUGACUCAGGCAGGCCAUUGGUGUUAGGGCCCUGGAAUCACCAUUUUUAGAAACAGCAGGUGUUCAAAGUUGGCCACAGAGACUGUCCCAGGGGGUGGAAAGUAGCAAGGAAAAAGUGCCAUCCAGGGUGGUGGGGGGCAAGUGGGAGCCCCGAGGUUUGGUUCAGGUGACCUCCUGCCAGAUUCAAGCCCUGUGAGUUGGCCACGUUCCGAGUAAUAAGGAUGCCUUCCAAUCAGGAGGAGGAUGUAAACUCCCAGCGCGGGUUUUUCUAAAUGAAUUUGUCCUCGUGCCUUCUCUGAAACCUGAAUGUACAAGAAUCCCAUUUACUAGUAGAUGAACUUUGUUGACUUUAAAAAGUUAUUUUUCUUUUUAAAAAGCAAAUUCAGCACUGUGGCUGGAUUCCCUAAGUCUCUCUACGUAUAAAACCUUGAGCCCCAAUAAAAACAAUGGACAAAAUUGAACGACCGAACCAUGACUGAUCAUGGAGGACCUAAGUACCCCCUCGUCAGGAACUUUUCAAAAACGGAAGCAGGGUCAGAGAGGCUUUGGUAGAAAGUGGUUCCUUGGGAAGGAAUGUUACGUGCCAGAACCAAAAAUUAAAUGAGCUAUGACCAAGGAAACGUUGCAUUUGAUUCCCAAAGCAUUUCUGCUUUACAUGCUGCCAUUGACUUAAUCCUUAAAGGAGUUCAUCUUAAUCUUGGCCACACCGGGUUUUUCUGUCAGACAUCUUUUGUCUUUGUUUAAAAAAGAAAGGAAAAAAGCUUGUGAAAUGUAUGCUAGAUCCCUGUUCCAAUGCCUUUAAAUUUCAGUAUCGUUGUAAAAGAGUGCAAUGGGGUGAGAUGCUGCUGCCCGUCUGUUAAAAGCAUGUUUCUGUUGCACUCCUAAAAAGGUCAUCCAGCGGAAUAAAGAUUUCCAGCACCUC